AUGCCUUACUCACCAAAUCUCGCCGCCGAGAACCAGGCUGCCCUGGACCACUUCAUUCAGCUCCCCGUGUCAAGUGACAUGAUUUCAUAUCUUGCACAAAAGGCCACACAAGUCAUCCGCUGCGAGCCAUCCAUCAACAAGAACCUGCCUCCUACACCACCCGCCUCGCCCCAGCACAUGGCCACCAACUCGCGCGAGCCUGCCCUCCCAUCGGUCGAGGAAUUCAUCACGUCGAUUGUCGAGAGGUCACAUGUCCAGACGGCCACGCUCAUGUCUUCGCUCAUCUACCUCAGCCGGUUGCGGUCACGCCUCCCCCCUGUUGCCAAGGGCAUGCGCUGCACUGUCCAUCGCAUCUUCCUGGCCUCGCUCAUCCUUGCGGCUAAGAACCUCAACGACUCGUCGCCCAAGAACAAGCACUGGGCCCGCUACAGCUCGGUCCGCGGCUACGACAACUUUGGCUUCUCCAUCACCGAGGUCAACCUCAUGGAGAAGCAGCUGCUCUUCCUGCUCGACUGGGACCUCCGCAUCAACACGGACGACCUCUACUACCACCUGGAGCCCUUCCUGGCCCCCAUCCGCGUGUGGCAAUCACGCCAGGCCGAGAAGGCCCGGCUGGCCGAGAAGGAGAGGGAGCUUGCCCGUAAGCAGUACCAGCGCUCCACGGAAAGCCUGUCGCGCUCGGUCCACGCCUACCCAUCAAACACGUCCAUGUCUUCAUACGCUUCCCGUCCCCAGAGGCAUCGUAUGCAGUACAUGCCGUCUGCCCGCGCCCCAUCGCGCACCCCCUCACUAUCCCCCCCGACACGCAGCUCUUCGGCCUCGGUCUCAUCCACAUCACCUGCCAGUUUCCACGACGAGCCCUCGGAGGCUGUUGUCCACCGCUACGAUGCCGACCAGGGCGCCAAUGUUGUAUAUAUCAAUGGCCCCAUCCCCUACACCCAGCCCAAGCAGCAACAUGCUCUCCCGCUGUACGAGCACCAGCCCUCGAAAAAGGCAAAGACGUCGGCCGGUGGCAUCUUCAGCCGCAUGUUUGGCCAGACGGCCACAUUUACCGGUCGCCAGACUGGCUAUUGAUUUUCAUUCGCUACUUGGAUCCAACACUUUCGCUUAUCAAAA